AUGGCCAUCCCUUCAGUGGGAGGGCCGUACGUCUGGGGGUUCUUGGCAUUCUCGUCAGUCCUACAUUUCUUUGAGCAGUAUCUUGAAGUGAGACAACUGCAGAAGAACAAGGAAACUGCCGUGCCGGAGGAGUUCAAAGGUGUAGUCGACGAGUCGAAGUUUUUGGAAUCGCAGGCAUACCAGAAGGACAAGCGCCUCUUCGGUUUUGUGAAAGACUGGGUGAGCUUCGUCUAUGAUAAGGUGCAGUUGUUUCUCAUUACCCCAUGGCUGUGGCACUAUGCAGUUGCUGUCUGUGGCGAGGAGGCAGAGUAUAGCUGCACCCUCUUCUGGCUCUUCUUGCUGCAGUGGGUUGAGAAGCCCAUCAGCAUACCUUUCUCAUUGUACUCCAACUUCAUAGUGGAGGAGAAGCACGGAUUCAACAAGAUGACAGUCAAGCUCUUCGUCACAGAUUUAAUCAAGAGCGAGGUACUGACCUACGUCUUCGGUGGCUUGUUGGUGCCUAUGCUCAUUUGGAUCGUGCGAUACUUCGGCGCAGGCUUUUAUCUUUACCUGUGGGCGUUCAUGCAAGUUCUGAUGCUAGCCUUCAUGUGGCUCUAUCCAAACUUCAUCCAACCUCUUUUCAAUGAGUUCAGACAGCUGCAGGACGAGUCUCUCAAGGAGAAGAUUGAGGCUUUGGCUGCCGAGGUGCAGUUUCCCUUGACGAAGCUCUUUGAGGUUGAUGGCUCCAAACGGUCUGGCCACAGCAAUGCAUAUUUCUUCGGCUUUUGGAAGUACAAGCGCAUUGUUCUAUACGACACCUUGCUACAUCUGAAGCACGAUGACAUCUUGGCCAUACUAUGUCAUGAGCUAGGUCACUGGAAGUUUGGCCAUACGCUGACCAAUCUGGUGAUAGCAUCUGUGCACAUUUUUGUGCUGUUCUGGCUCUUCGAUUUGGUAAUGUACUCGGAGGUCUCCAAACAGAUGACCAAACAGUUUGGGUACGGUGAAGCGAAUGCAGUCAUGGUCUCUCUCAUGCUUUUCAUGCUGUUGGUAAGCCCGACAGAGCAGUUGAUGAACCUGUUUAUGACUAUGCGAAGUCGCCGCAAUGAGUUCCAGGCAGACAGUUUUGCUGCCAAGAUGGGCAGAUCAGACGCGCUGCAGAGUGGUUUGUUUCAGAUCCACGAGGAGAACAAGGGGGACUUGAAUCCAGAUCCCCUCUACUCUUGGUACCACUUCUCGCACCCGCCGUUGGUGGAGCGUCUUCGUGCCUUGAAGCUCCUGGAUGCUGGAGCUGCCAAGAAAGACACAUGA